AUGGCGCCUUCUCUGCGACCCCUCGCCCGGCCGCGGCCGCCGGGGAUGCUGCUGCUCCGCGCGCUCCUGCUGCUCCUCGGCUCAGUUCCAGGAAUGUGGUGCUUUAGCGAACUGUUUUUUGUAAACGAACCACAGGAUGUAACUGUCACAAGAAAGGACCCAGUCAUGUUAGAUUGCCAGGCUCAUGGAGAAAUUCCUAUUAAGGUCACAUGGUUGAAAAAUGGAGCAAAAGUGUCUGAAAAUAAACGGAUCCAGGUCCUGUCUAACGGCUCUUUAUACAUCAGUGAGGUGGAAGGCAAGCGAGGAGAGCAGUCGGAUGAAGGAUUUUAUCAGUGCUUGGCAAUGAACAAAUAUGGAGCCAUUCUUAGUCAAAAAGCUCAUCUGACCUUAUCAACUAUUUCUGCAUUUGAAAUUCAGCCAGUUUCUACUGAGGUCCAAGAAGGUGGAAUUGCUAGAUUUGCAUGCAAGAUUUCAUCAAACCCUCCUGCAAUUAUAACAUGGGAAUUAAAUCGAACAACUCUACCCGUAACUAUGGACAGCAGGAUGACUGCCCUACCAACAGGAGUAUUGCAGAUCUAUGAUGUUGGCCCAAGGGAUGCUGGAAAUUAUCGUUGUGUUGCUGCUACUGUAGCCCACAGGCGUAAAAGUAUGGAGGCUUCUCUAACAGUGAUUCCAGCUACGGAGUCUAAAUCCUUCCACACACCAACGAUUAUAGCAGGUCCACAGAACAUAACAACAUCUCUUCAUCAGACUGUUGUUUUGGAAUGCAUGGCCACAGGAAGUCCCAAACCAAUCAUUUCUUGGAGCCGUCUUGAUCACAAGUCCAUUGAUGUCUUUAAUACUCGGGUACUUGGAAAUGGUAAUCUCAUGAUAUCUGAUGUCAAGCUGCAACAUGCUGGUAUAUAUGUUUGUCGGGCCACUAUCCCAGGCACACGAAACUUUACAGUUGCCAUGGCAACUUUAACUGUAUUAGCUCCUCCUUUAUUUGUCGAAUGGCCAGAAAGUUUAACAAGGCCUCGAGCUGGCACUGCUCGAUUUGUAUGUCAGGCAGAAGGAAUCCCCUCACCCAAAAUGUCAUGGUUGAAAAACGGAAGGAAGAUACAUUCAAAUGGUAGAAUUAAAAUGUACAACAGUAAAUUGGUAAUUAAUCAGAUUAUUCCGGAAGAUGAUGCUAUUUAUCAGUGCAUGGCUGAGAACAGCCAAGGAUCUAUUUUAUCUAGAGCCCGACUGACCGUAGUCAUGUCAGAAGACCGACCCAGUGCUCCCUAUAAUGUGCACGCUGAAACCAUGUCAAGUUCAGCCAUCCUUUUAGCUUGGGAGAGGCCACUUUAUAAUUCAGACAAAGUCAUCGCUUAUUCCGUGCACUACAUGAAAGCAGAAGGUUUAAAUAAUGAAGAGUAUCAAGUAGUCAUCGGAAAUGACACAACUCAUUAUAUUAUUGAUGACUUAGAACCUGCCAGCAAUUACACUUUCUACAUUGUGGCAUAUAUGCCAAUGGGAGCCAGCCAGAUGUCUGACCACGUGACACAGAAUACUCUAGAAGAUGUUCCCCUGAGACCUCCUGAAAUCAGUUUGACAAGUCGAAGUCCCACUGAUAUUCUCAUCUCCUGGCUGCCCAUCCCAGCCAAAUAUCGGAGGGGCCAAGUGGUGCUCUAUCAUCUGUCCUUCCGCCUAAGCACUGAGAACUCCAUUCAAGUUCUGGAGCUCCCGGGGACCACGCAUGAGUACCUUUUGAAAGGCCUGAAACCUGAUAGUGUCUACCUGGUGCGGAUUACUGCUGCCACCAGAGUGGGGCUGGGAGAGUCAUCAGUAUGGACUUCACAUAGGACACCCAAAGCUACAAGUGUGCAAGCCCCUAAGUCUCCAGAGUUACAUUUGGAGCCUCUGAACUGCACCACCAUUUCUGUGAAGUGGCAGCAGGAUGCUGAGGACACGGCCGCCAUCCUGGGCUACAAGCUGUACUACAAAGAGGAAGGGCAGCAGGAGAACGGCCCCAUCCUCUUAGACACCAGCGACCUUCUCUAUACCCUCAGCGGCCUAGACCCCAGAAGAAAAUACCACGUGAGGCUGCUGGCUUACAACAACAUAGAAGAUGGUUAUCAGGCAGACCAGACAGUCAGCACCCCAGGAUGUGUGUCUGUUCGUGAUCGCAUGGUUCCUCCUCCACCACCACCCCACCAUCUCUAUGCGAAGGCUAACACCUCAUCUUCCAUCUUCCUGCACUGGAGGAGGCCUGCAUUCACCACGGCACAAAUAAUUAACUACACCAUUCGCUGUAACCCUGUCGGCCUGCAGAAUGCUUCUUUGGUUCUAUACCUUCAAACAUCAGAAACGCACAUGUUGGUUCAAGGACUAGAGCCAAACACCAAAUAUGAAUUUGCUGUCCGAUUGCAUGUGGAUCAGCUUUCCAGUCCCUGGAGCCCUGUCGUCUACCAUUCUACACUCCCAGAAGCACCAGCAGGCCCACCAGUUGGGGUAAAAGUGACGCUGAUAGAGGAUGACACUGCUCUGGUUUCUUGGAAACCCCCCGACGGCCCAGAGACGGUUGUGACACGCUACACUAUCUUAUAUGCAUCGAGGAAGGCCUGGAUUGCGGGAGAGUGGCAGGUCCUACACCGAGAAGGGGCCAUAACCAUGGCUUUGUUGGAAAACCUAGUGGCAGGAAAUGUGUACAUUGUCAAGAUAUCUGCAUCCAAUGAGGUGGGGGAAGGACCCUUUUCGAAUUCUGUGGAGCUGGCAGUGCUUCCAAAGGAAACUUCUGAGUCAAAUCAGAGGCCCAAGCGUUUAGAUUCUGCUGAUGCCAAAGUUUAUUCAGGCUAUUACCAUCUGGACCAGAAAUCAAUGACUGGCAUUGCUGUAGGUGUUGGCAUCGCCUUGACCUGCAUCCUCAUCUGUGUUCUCAUCUUGAUAUACCGAAGCAAAGCCAGGAAGUCAUCUGCUUCCAAGACGGCACAGAAUGGAACUCAACCGUUAUCUCGAACCAGUGCCUCCCUAGCCGGUGGAAAUGAAGUAGGAAAGAACCUGGAAGGGGCUGUAGAAAAUGAAGACUCCUUAAUACCGAUGAAGAUGCCCAACAGCUUCAUUGAUGCAAAGGGAGGAACUGACCUGAUAAUUAAUAGCUAUGGUCCUAUAAUUAAAAACAACUCUAAGAAAAAAUGGCGUUUUUUCCAAGAUUCUAAGAAGAUAAAAGUUGAGCAGCCUCAAAGAAGAUUUACUCAAUCGGUCUGCUUUUACCAGCCAGGCACGACUGUGUUAAUUAGUGAUGAAGACUCCCCCAGCUCCCCAGGUCAGACAACCAGCUUCCCAAGACCGUUUGGUGGUGCAGCCGAUACUGAGCAUUCAGCCAAUAGUGAAGGCAGCCACGAGACCGGGGAUUCUGGAAGGUUCUCUCACGAGUCCAAUGACGAGAUACACCUGUCUUCGGUUAUAAGUACCACACCCCUGACCUCUGAUUCCCUCGCUGGCAGUGAUUCAGGUGGGAAUCUCUCCACGAGGAAGUGCCGAGACCCUGCAGUGGCGUCAGAUGCUGAGCAAACUACCUCUUCAGUUCUGCGGCCACCAUCUGCCAUGCUAAGCUUUGAUAAAAAUGAUUUCCCAAUCUAG